UGAGACAAGACAGUUAUUAGGCGGCGCGGGGCGGCCGGCAUGGAGCUCGGAGAGGCGCGGCAGGUACCGGCGCGCAGUAGCGCGGCGGCCAUGGCAGCCCCGAUUCCCUCUAGCCACCGCACCCUGCUCCUGGUCCCCGGCCCCUAAGACGCCUCUUUCCCGCGCUUGUCCCUCUCCCCAUGGAUUCAUUUCAGACUGGACAGACGCUGAGCUUGCUCGCCGAGCUCGGCAGCAACAACUUAGAGCUGGAGGAGCCGGUGGCAUCAGCAGCCCGCGUAGACACGGGUCUCCACCCGGAGGCGGCUACAGAAGGCGCCGCACCGCUUUCGACUCAGGAGCCAGAGCAGAAGCAGACUCCGAGGGCCUCGACGCCUGAGUGCAAAGUCCUGCUCACACAGGCCGACGCCCUGGCGUCUGGGGGGCGCCUCCGGGAAGCCCUCGAGGUGUACAGACAGCUCUCAGAGCGGCAGCAGCUGGUGGCGGAGCAGCUGGAGCAGCUAGUGCGCUGCCUGGCGGAGAACGUCCCGCAAGGCGAGGCGUCGGCGCCCCCGGACGGGAACAGCGCGGCGAACCGCGCGGUGGCAGCGGAAGAGGCAGGGGCGGCAACGGCCACCGAAGUGUGGGACGGCUUCAAGUGCCGGAAGUGCCAUGGCUUUCUAUCAGACCCUGUGUCCUUGUCGUGCGGCCACACCUUUUGUAAACUCUGCCUGGAACGCGGGCGGGCAGCCGACCGGCGCUGUGCGCUGUGCGGGGUCAAGCUCUCCGCGUUAAUGGUGUCUACCGGGCGGGCGCGCGGGGCCCGGCGGACUGGGCAGCAGGCGCUACCGCCGCUGCGGGUCAACGUGGUGCUCAGCGGGCUCCUCGGCAAGUUGUUCCCAGGCCCGGUACGGGCGUCACAACUCCGGCACGAGGGCAACCGGCUGUACCGCGAGCGCCAGGUGGAGGCGGCGCUGCUCAAGUACAACGAGGCAGUUAGGCUAGCUCCAAACGAUCAUUUGCUUUAUAGCAACCGGUCUCAAAUUUAUUUCACCUUGGAGUCUCAUGAGGACGCCCUGCAUGAUGCAGAAAUAGCAUGUAAGCUCCGCCCAAUGGGUUUUAAGGCACACUUCAGAAAAGCACAAGCCUUAGCCACCUUAGGCAAAGUGGAGGAAGCACUAAGGGAGUUUCUAUAUUGUGUGUCCCUCGAUGGAAAGAACAAAAGAGCAAGAUCUGAAGCCCAAAGGGAAAAUCCAGAGCUUCCACAUUGUUCUAGACAGGAGGAAGCAGCAGCCGGUGGGGACUGCAGCAGCCUGAUGAGCCCAGCUAAAGUCCAGGGGCAUGGGCAGCGAGACAACAUGAAAGACCAGGAAGGAGAGGAGGAGAAGGGGGACGCUGCCUCCAUCAAGACUGGCAAAUGCCAGGAAAAGAAAAGGAAACAUUAUCAAAUUGAACCCCAAGACCCAGAGAUGCCUAAUAAAGCCUCUAAGCCAGAUCCUCCCACUGACCUGGGGGCUGAGCCUGCUGUCAGUGUUCCACUCACAUCUUUUGAUGCGUCUGACCUUGAAUGCUCCCUGUGUAUGAGAUUAUUCUAUGAGCCAGUCACAACACCUUGUGGGCACACAUUUUGCUUAAAAUGCCUUGAAAGAUGCCUAGAUCACAAUGCGAAGUGUCCACUGUGCAAAGAUGGUCUUUCACAGUGUUUAGCAUCAAGAAAAUACAGCAAAAAUGUCAUAAUGGAAGAGCUAAUAGCUAAAUUCCUCCCAGAAGAACUCAAGGAGCGAAGGAGGCUUUAUGAAGAGGAAAUGGAAGAACUUUCUAACUUGAAUAAGAAUGUGCCUAUCUUCGUGUGUACCAUGGCCUACCCCACUGUUCCUUGUCCCCUGCACAUCUUUGAGCCUUGUUACCGUCUGAUGAUUCGUAGAUGCAUUGAAACAGGCACAAGGCAGUUUGGCAUGUGCCUUGGAGAUCCUGUGAAAGGGUUUGCGGAAUAUGGCUGCAUCCUAGAGAUCAGAAAUGUACAGUUUUUUGCGGAUGGCCGCUCAGUGGUUGACAGUAUAGGCAAGAGGCGCUUCAAGGUCCUCCAUCAGGGCCAGCGGGAUGGUUACAACACAGCCGACAUUGAGUACAUUGAAGACCAAAAGGUUCAAGGAGAGGAUUGUGCUGAGCUCAUGGGAUUACAUAACUGUGUCUAUGAGCAGGCAUCAUCAUGGUUUCACUCGCUCAAACCGUCUCUGAAGAAUCGGAUUCUCAACCACUUUGGUCCAAUGCCAGAGAAAGAUGCUGAUCCCCAGAUGAACCCGAAUGGUCCAGCCUGGUGCUGGUGGACAUUAGCAGUUCUCCCAUUGGAAAGCCGAGCUCAGCUCCCAUUCCUAGCAAUGAGGUCCUUAAAGGAUAGACUGAACGGUAUUCGACGAGUUCUGGCCUUUAUAUCCCGAAACCAAAACUAGUGAGAGUGGAUUGCUGAAGAGGAGCUCCCACCCUCCCUGCUGCCCUCAGGGGAGGUGUCUUGUAAAUAUAUCUAAUUGCAAUAACAUCUUACAGCAGGAAGUAGCAAACAGAGGUAUUACCUUACUGCUGAUUGCAGAGAGAAAGGGAGUAGAAAGGCUAAAAGAAUGGCAUCUUGUUUGAAACUUUCUGCCUUAAGAUGCUUCUGGACAUGCUGCACAACUACAUGCACAGCAGGUGUUUAAGAGCCCAGAAAAAACAAAAAUUAGUUUGAUUUUGACAUAAAAUUUUCUGACCAUUUAAAGUGGUUUUGCUUUAAUUUUCUUUUGUAGAUAAAUGAUUGUGUGCUUGAAAUGUGAAGCAAAGAUACUAAUAAUGUUGCUGCAUUAUUACACUGACUUGAGAUCUCAUUCCAAGUGGUUCAGGUGUUUAUAUAGUGUUGUGUAUAAUAAUGUUCAUACUUCUUUGUGUUCUAAUAAUUUAUUUUUUUGCACUACUGUAUCCUUUUUUUCUAUGAGUGUGUUUAUAACUAUUUAAGUGUAUAUUACUGAAAAGUCACUUGCUUUAUUUAUUGAUGUGGUUUACCAUGUGCCUAGGGGGAAGUAACAAUACUAGAAAUGUGCCAUUUUUACUUUAACCAUUUCUUUUUUUACUGCAUUUGAUCCCAGUUUUUGAACCAUUUUUGUAUCUAUCUAGUUGGAUGCUUAAAGAAGUUCAGAAUCAUGCUUGGAUCAUCUAUCUCCACAGAUUCCAUUUUGUUUUCAGUUUGAAUUCAACAAUAUUAAAGACUUAAGGGAUUUGGCAUACAUUAUGGAAUAAGCCAGGGUAAAGUAAAGCAAUCUAUUUUCUCUCUGUUAUACAGAGCAAAGCUGAAGGAAUUAUUUUUCUGGAAUGAAGAGAUGAAUCGGGAGAGUGUCUUUUAUUGUAAUCUAGCAUAGGCAUUUAUUUCAGCAAUCGAAUUAUUAGUCUCUUUAAUUUCUCACCCAGUGCACUGACGAAUGGGACUUUUAGGCAGGAUCAUAUUUAACGCUUCAGAGGGAAUGGUGUUCAGUUUGGCAUAUCACAGCCAUGCCCACCUAGCUUCCAUACCCCACCGCUUCUCAGGUGCUGAGGAUCAUGACCCGGCUAGCAUGUGCUGAAACACUUGGUGAAGAAAUGCGCCUCAUCAUAAGUGUAAACAAUCUAGUAGAAAAGACAGAAUCCUUUUAAAAAACAAUCAUUUUGGUUUUUAAACCUUUUCAAAGGAAACAGACAAUCCAUGAUUUCAUCUAAACACUGCCUUUCCUCCUAGUUUUAGUGGGCCCAAGAUUUCAGUAUAGGGGAAGAAUAGCAGGUCAGGAAGGAAGAGUGAGUCCCUGUUUAGCUUGUUUAGUGCUAGUGUGAUUCCUUUAAUGCCACUCCCCACCCCCCUCACCCCCGAGAAAAAGUAUAUUAGGAGUGUUAUAGUAACAGAGUGAAAGUAUUGGGGCAGGAGGGUAUGAAUGGUGCCAUUGAACCUUCACGCAAAUUAUUCCCCCAUGUAAUUGUGGACAGCUGCAGUGCGUUUUCCACUUGCAGCCCAGCCACUCUGUUAGGGUGAGAGGUUAAUGCCUCAAUCAGUCUGAUUCCUCCCAUCACCACCUGUGGCCAGAAACAGAGAGAAAAUGACUCAGGCAACAUAAAAGAGAUUCGUAAGCAGGAACAAAAUGAUCUUUUCUGCACUUUCUUAAUGAAUCCUAUAUUGUCAUACAAUUAUGUGUUUCCAGGUUUGAUGUUUGGAGCCAGACUGGGCCACUCAAGAAUGGAAUCGAAGUAUAGGUGUGGUUACUGGUCAAGGAAGCUACAAGGCCAAGGGAGGAAAAAAAUUCAAGGCUCCUCCUCCCACUUGGUGGCCCAUCAUGUGGUCAUAACAGAGUUCCCAUGUUAGGGUUGCAAAGGCGUAGGCUCCACAAGCUCCACAAUGUUACAUACUUUGUCCUCGUAACACAAUCAGCCAGUAAAUAGCCAAGCUUGAUUUUGAACCCAUUUCCUUCACAGAUUUUUAACACUUUUAAAAGUAUUUGUUACACAAAUUUUACUAAAUAAGCACGGCAGUCAAGUCACAAAAGCACCCCCAGAAGCUCACAUUGGAAAGUUGCAAGUUAAGUGAAAUGAACUUACCUAACGACAUCUCUACUUAAUCUAGGUAGAAAGGAAAGUUUAAUUCUUUAAAAUAAAAUUCCACGUCAAAGAACACUUCACGUUGAAAACUGAGUAGCUAAUUGAUUCCAGCAAGUGUAGGUCUUGGCUAGGCAAAAUUGCACUUUACUCUGAGUAGCCUACAUACACGUUACGUUGUUCUACAGCAAGCUUUUGUUUCAGUAGUGGUAGGAGGCAAGAUGCAAAGCCUUGCCUUUGAAUGGGGCAACCAGUGGACUUGACCAUUUUCACCACAUAUAAAUUGAUUUUGCUGCAAAACUUGGGAGUGAAGAGUUGUACAGAGAAAAGAUGUAAAGCUAAAUCUAGGCCAGAAUUACAAGUCCUCCCCCUUGGUAGAUAGUGCUAUUCAUUUGAUUAGUUUUCUCGUCUAUCAUGACCUAGUCUUUACCUAGUAGAUUAUGUCUGUGUGUGUGUGUGUAUAUAUGUAUAUAUGUAUAUAUAUAUGUCUGUGUAUGUGUAUGCAUGCAUGUAUAUGUGCAUGUAUGUGUGUGUAUGUAUAUCUGGGUGCACACAUGCACACACGUGUAUGUAUAUGUUAUGUGCAUGUAUGUAUAUGUGUGUGCAUGGGUGUAUAUGCAUGUGUGUAUAUGUGUAUGUAUGUACAUAGUGUGUGUGCGUAUGUAUGUGUGUGUGUAUAUAUUAGGUACCAAGCAGACAUUAUGCCUUUCUGCUUUGUACUGUACUGCUGCUGCUAGCUAAUAACCAGAAAAAUGUAGAAAAUUAAAAUCAAUAAAACUAAUUUUCUGUAGACAUGUGGAGAAAAGAGUGCCUGCCCCUGAUUUAGGGGUGCAGAGAGCUAUUGCAACAAUUUGCCUUUUCUGAAGGCCAACUGCUUCUAGCCAUGGGGCUAGUUGAGUCACUGCGCAUAUGGCGCUUCCAGCUCUGCCUGUGGAGCUGGCCUGGGCUCAGAUAAUCCCCUGUGGCUGGCUUUUGGAGCAGUGGAGCUCCUGAGGCUGGUUCACAGCACCUGGAGGUUUCUUACUGUCAACAGACUGCAUACUGUUGAUGGACUGGAAUCCACUGGGGACCCUGUUCCCCGAUGUGAAUUCCAUUUCCAAGAUAGGAAUUUUAUUCAGGGACUCAUUCCUUGAGUUCCCAACAUGUUGACUUUGCAUCCAUUUCCAUUUACCAAGGCAGAAUUAUAGCAGAGGUGUGUAACAAAGAUGCAAAUGGAAGACAGCCCAAGUAAUGGAAGAGGACAGAUUGUUUUCAGCCCAUUCUUGGGCUUGUGGAGUGAGGUUUUGAUUUAUGAUUGAGACAGUUCUGAAAAGCAGCUGAUUGCCUGGGCUGCAAUUUGUGGCCCUUCCUGAGCACAGAGAGAAAGAACCAUGUGAAAUGUAUACAUUCGUUCCUCGUAGAGUGACAGCUCCUGCUGUUUCACUACUUUCCUAAGUGAAAUGAAGACAUUUUCACUUACAAAUGGGUAUUCAAAUGCGCUAAAUUAACCUUGAGAGAGAAGUGCCUGUAAUCUCUAUUCCUGGUGUCACUGUAAAACUUUUGCUUCAUGACUCUGUAGCCCUUUAAAAAUUUGUUGCAGCAAAUGUGAUUAACAGAAGUUUACAAAACAACACUGUAGCUUAUGCAUCAUUUAAAAAGUGGCUCAACAUUUACCUAUUGUCACAGCAACAACAAAAUAAAAGAGCAAAUAGGUCAAUGUGGCAUCAUAGGCUUAUCUUAGAUAAACUAGUUCCAUCAUUUUAUGCAGUCCUCAGUAGAGCCAGGAUUAAAAUACCAUGCAAACCAUUUAAACAGUGGCAAAUAUGUCUGUGUGUUUGUUAUCCUAGUUGUUUGUUAAGCAGCCAUUUUACUCUUACGUCGUAAUGAACUGAAAGGGGAAUUAAGAUAAUGCUUUUUAUUUUCCCAUAUUGCUAUUCAACUACCUCUAUAUGCUUGAUUUCUCUUUAGGGUUUUCUUUCCUCCAAAUCUGUACAAAAAGUUUCAGCUCAUCUAUGUUGUAAUAACAGUGUGAUCAUAAUAUCUGUGAGAGCUGUGUGUUCAUUAAAAAAUGUUUCCUAUUGC